GCGUGGUCAUGUGGUAGUUUCUCACCCUGAGAUCAACAACAACCUGUAAACAAGACAGACAAUAGCUAGAACUAGCUACGGCCACCGGCUAGAGCUAUGGAAUCAAUGAUGGCAAGCAAGCAGAUCCCUUGUGCACGUGCAGUACAUAGCUUCGAGAGCCAGGCAGAGCACGAGCUAGGGUUUGCUGCUGGAGAGUCCAUCAUGCUACUCAGGCGAAUUGAUGAGAAUUGGCUUGAGGGGAAGCUGGACAGCAAAGUGGGCAUCUUCCCGGCCAACUACGUCAAGAUAGAGCUAGGGAGUCCAUCAGUAUCGCAUGAGAGUGAUUUGGCACGAUCAGGGAAGCCGUAUGCGAUUGCUAGGUUUCCCUUUGCCGGUGAUCGUCCUGGCGACCUGUCGUUCGGACAAGGUGACCUUGUGGAGUUGGUGGAGGUGGUGGGGAGUGGGUGGUUGAGGGGGCGGAUACGUGACACGGAGGGAAUAUUCCCGGGGUCAUUUGUGAAGGUGAUUAAGGAGACGGAAGAGGACCACCCUCUCGUUAAUGGAGUCAACGGGGUCGACGGUCCAAUGGAGGUUACUAAGCAACCACACCCACUGUUGCGUACAACUGUAUCAGCACCCUCCGUCCAAUCAGAAGUUAGCCCACUCUACGAGGAGGUGGGGGACUUGCACCCCACCCCCUCACGCUCUGCACCAGCCCCACCCAACUCACUACCAGCACAGAAACAAGACAAGUACAUGACAUUGCCUAAACCCAAACCAAGGAAGGCUCUCACUAGACACGUCUCCAUGUCAGAUAACAACCAGAAGCUCAGGAAUCUGGAGUCAGAUCUGCAGAUUGAGCACAAGCUGCUGGAGAGUGCUCAGAACCUCCUCCGCAUCAACCACUCACAACUCAAGAUGGAGAAACUAGAAAUAACGGUCGUCACACACCAGAACAACAUCGACACACUUACCUCAAAAAUCAAUGCCAUCAGACUAGAACGUGAGAGUGUCCCUCAGUGUUCCCCUGUUGUUCCCCCGCCACUCCCCCCUCCACGACCUGCCCCACCCACCUCUGCACAGCAGCAGCAGAGGUCAAAGGUUAUCAACGAGCUGGUACACACGGAGCGAGACUUCCACCAUCAAGUUCAACUUUGCGUGGAUAAAGUGAUACCCUCCCUGCAAAUGGUGUCUGAGAUCAACAGUGAGCUGCUGUUUGGCAACUUGGAUGAGGUGGCCUCGUUAUCAAAGGACCUCCUCUCAGCUCUGGAGGAGGGGAAACCACUGGUGGGCGGAGUCUUUGUGACCUUUGCACCCCGACUACGAGAUACCUAUGGAAUGUACUGUCGUAAUCACGAUGUAGCAGCUUCUAUUCUGGAGAAGUACAUGGAAAGCCCUGUCCUCGCUGACAAGAUAAGACACUGUAUGGACGAGCUAAGGGACCAGAUCCAGGCGUGGGAUCUCCAGUCGUUCCUGAUCAAGCCAGUCCAGAGGAUACUCAAAUAUCCUCUCCUGGUGGACAAGUUGGUUGAGUCCACGGAGGAGAAGCACGCUGACAGAAAGGCCAUACAGAAUGCUCGUGAUGUCAUCGUCAAGAUGGCUCAGGACAUCAACGAGAUUAAGAGGAGGAAAGAUAUCGUUGAGCGUUACACUGGCCCCAAGGACGAGAGAAGAGGAACACUCUCAAAACACUCUAUCCAGAAAAAAGUACGGAGAAUGCAGCAAGCCUUCACACAGCUCACUGGACUGAGGUCAAAGACCAUCGAUACAAAGUUUGACGAGAUUGAGAGUAAAGUGUUGUCAUUGGAGACAGAGCUGAGAACAGUACUCAAAGAUAUUAGUACAUGGAUCGAGGAGUUACAGCAUAUCUGUGAUAGUCGAGAAUGCUCUAAAGAUGGGAUGACACUUUACAAUAGUGACGUGUCGAGUCUAACCAAUUAUGAGACCAUUCUGACCGAGCUACGGCAGGCCCUCAAGUCACAUUCGCAGUAUGUCAAGGAUUUUGUGAUGGCUCCGCUGGACAGUCUCCUGUCUCUCUUCCCAGACCCCCUUCACUUGAUACACAAACGCAAGGACAAGCUAUUGGACUAUGACCACACCCAGUACGCGUACGAGCACGCUGAAGAGCCAGACAAAAUAAAACAACUCAGAGAGCAAUCGCUCCUAGCAAAGAGAAAUUACGAAGCACUGAACCAACAGCUUUUGGAGGAGCUGCCAAACUUUUUGGACAUUUCGGUUAACAUGUUACAACAUCAGCUGACAGUAUUGGUACAAGCACAAUACCUGUUUCAUACGGACGUCUCGAAGCUUCUCUAUCCGUUUUGUGAGGUGAUUGAAGGCAGUACAGAGAUCCACACCAAACAUGCCACUGAGAUAGCCUAUAUAUCUCAUAAGCUCACACAAUUGUCGCUAGUCCCUGCAUCAUUAGCGAUGAACUUUACCACCAAAACAAAUGUUCCAAAGAGGUCAUCCGAGGGUUCACUGAGCGAGGGGUCGUCCCCAAUGUCCCCCCUGGACCACCCCCUGAUGGUCAGCUCCCCCCCUUCUGAGGGAGUGUUCUCCCUGGAGGAGAAUCUGGCAGAGGAGGGCGAGGAGGACGAGGACCUCCCUGAGGGCUCUGAGUUGGAGGUCCUCUACGACUUUGAUGCUCAAGAUUCUGCCGAGCUCAGUUUGACGCGUGGAGAGGUGGUGGUCCUGCGUUGCCCUCACGACCGUAUCGGGUGUGAGGAGUGGUGGUUGGUGGAGAGUGGGGUGGGGCACAGAGGUUACGUACCUGCAACAUACCUCGAAAAACGAACACCAAAUAUUAUAUAAUUAGAUGAUAUUAAUAUUAUUUUUUCAACUUUUUAAAUCUUUUUCAUGUUCUUUUUAUAAUAAUUAUUUAUUGUGCUUUGCUGUUAUAAAAUAAAUUGACGCA